CAGUCUUCUUCCUACCUCUCUGUUCCAAAUUCCAACCUCUCUGUUCCAAGUCAAAAUGUGGUUUCCCACAUUUCUCUCUCUCCUCUCUCUUCCUGUGCAUCCCAGCUCCACAUAUGCAUGUUUAUAUAUACAUACACAUAUAGUUGUGAAGUGACUAGUGUGAGAGAAACAGAGAGGUACACACAGACCACAGGGAGAGAAGAAGAAAAAAAUGAAGCCACAAUCUACUCUACUAUCAACCCUCUUCUCUCUCUUCUUCUUCUUCUUCUUCCUCCUCAUCUCAGCAGCAGCUGACAUUUCACCAGGCUCAACCCUUUACGCCUCUAACCCAAACCAAACUUGGACCUCCCCAAACAACACCUUCUCUCUCCGCUUCAUCUCCCACGGCGGCUCCACCACCUUCUCCGCCGCCAUCACCUUCGACAACAUCAUCCCCGUCUGGAUAGCCGGCGGUGAUUCCGCCGCCGCCGACCCCUCCUCCUCCCUCCAAUUCCUCCCCGACGGCAACCUCCGCCUCCUCAACGGCUCCUCCGCCGUCAUUUGGCAGUCCAACACCGCCGGCCUCGGCGUCUCCUCCGCCGCCCUCGACGACUCCGGCAACUUCGUCCUCCGUAAAGGAAAUGUCACCGUUUGGUCCACAUUCGAUAACCCAACCGAUACAAUCUUGCCCAAUCAAAAUUUCACACCAAACCAAGUUCUGCGAUCUGGGUUUUACUCUUUCAAUCUUCUCAGCUCUGGAGACUUAAUUCUCAGAUGGAACGACUCUAUUGUUUAUUGGAAUUCGGGUUUAACUUCAUCAAUCAACAACAAAACCACAAACUUGACAUCACCAAGUUUAGUACUUCAAUCAAUUGGCAUUCUAUCCCUUUUCGAUCAAUCGCUUCCAAACCCUGUCAUCGUGGCCUAUACCAAUGAUUAUGCUGAAGGGUCUGAAAUACUCAGAUUCUUGAAAUUGGACAGUGAUGGAAAUUUGAGAAUCUAUAGCUCUGCUAAAGGUAGUAGAACAAGCACAGUGAGAUGGGCAGCUUUAAGCGAUCAAUGUCAAGUUUUCGGCUACUGUGGAGACAUGGGUAUCUGUAGUUACAAUGGUUCGAAUCCGAAUCCAAUUUGUGGGUGUCCAUCGAAAAACUUUGAACCGAUUGAUCCGAAAGAUAAUAGAAAAGGGUGUAAGAGGAAGGUGGAGAUUAAGGAUUGUGGUGGGAAUACAACAAUGUUGGAGUUGGAGAAUACGAGGUUGUUGACAUAUCCACCAGAGUUGGAUUCGCAGGUGUUCUUUGUGGGUAUAACGGCAUGUAGAUUGAAUUGUGUUGCGAGUAGGUCAUGUGUUGGGUCGACAUCGUUGUCGGAUGGGUCUGGAUUGUGUUACUUCAAAACAAUCCCUGUAGUUGUAAGCGGCUAUCAAUCACCUAUUAUCCCCAGCACUUCGUUUCUCAAGAUUUGUGGCCCUGUAAUGCCAUAAUGCCAAACACUUUGCUGGAUUGACAAGCGAGAGAGACAGAGACUGUGUGAAAUACAAUAAUUGUAUCCUAGUUGAUGCACGUAAAUGAAACAAGAAUGCUUGACUUGAUUAUCAAGAAUAAAACUUCUCUUAUUUGUUUUACUGAA